CACUACAUAGGACAUUCAAGAUAGCUACACAGAUUGAGACGAGAAUGUUGUUACUUUAAUCGAGUUAGCUAUCAUGUAAUUAAGAGCGAACUGGACAAUAUAGUUAGCUAGAUAGUAAAUAGACAAUUUAAUAAGUAAAGCGAAAAAGUCUGAAUGUGAAUUGGAGACACUUCUACAGACAAUUCUCUUUAAUUGUAUAUCUAACGAGGAUGGAGAUGCAAGGGCGACUUUUUAAAGAUGUUUUACGGAUUAAAUAGUUGAUUAUCGUUCAAACGUCACUGUUCUCGAAGAAGAGAACGAUAUCAGAAAGAACCUCUUGCUUGACACGGCGGACGUGAAGUAAUUGUUAUUGUGACUUAGAAUUCUAUUCACAUCGGAAGAUCUUGCGUAUAUGUGUUUAUAGAAAAUAUUUUUUUGUACAUUAAUAUGCUCUUUGAAACUGACGUGUUAGUUGACAAUUACUUUUAGAUAUGUAAUAUAGUGCUUUCUUUCUACCCAGCUAGCAGUCUGUCUGCAGACAGUAGUGAUAGCUAGCUCGCUAGCAUGUUUGCAAGCAACAAAGGACAAUAUGACGCCUGUCAAAGAUGCAGCAUGUCACUCUCGGACUAGAUAUCUAGGUGUCUGUAUGUGUCUGGUGGUUGCAAGCUAAUUAUAAAAAUUAUUGGCAUCAUGUAGACUGUCAAGCAAAAACGCUUUGAGCUGAACCAUUGAUGGCUACUAAGUUGAAGGUUUCUAGCUUUGCGGUGCAAGUAAACUAGGUAACAGAGUUACAAUGACACUGACAGCUGACAACGGUGAACUGUCAUUGUGUAUCUUCGGAUUGUGACUUUCUUCAAAGACUGCCAUUUCGGAUUUUGAAUGCUACAGCGUGAAGCACCUCCAAACCUUGGCAACAGCGCUGGUAACCCACCGAAUAAUUUGAGGCUUCCUGCCUCCUAGAACGUGAUCAGUUGCAUCAUAUCCUGGCUUGUAUUUGUUACUCAACCAGUAAGUCAUAUCAGAGCAGGUGAAAUUGAAUGCAAGGAUGACUGCCAGUCACUAUGGAACUGACCUGUCUUGUGUGAACAUCACUAUAACUGGUAUUGCUGUUUGACAGCAAAACAAGCAACGUUUAGAGGUGGAUGCUUGCACCAGGAUUCGUAAGAGCAUCAUUUACCUACGCGCAUCGCUAAAAGGAUCCUUCUUGAAGGAAAAGUAUACAUCCUUUGACAAUGGAGUCUGUGGGAGACUUCGAGUACAGCAGGAAGGACCUGGUGGGACAUGGAGCUUUUGCAGUGGUUUUCAAAGGAAGGCACAGAAAGAAGACUGAUUGGGAGGUUGCCAUCAAGAGCAUUAAUAAGAAGAACCUCUCCAAGUCCCAAAUCCUGCUUGGCAAGGAAAUAAAAAUCUUGAAGGAACUUCAACAUGAAAAUAUUGUGGCGCUUUAUGAUGUCCAGGAAACACCCAACUCUGUCUUCUUGGUCAUGGAGUAUUGCAACGGUGGCGAUCUGGCAGACUAUUUGCAAGCCAAGGGGACCCUGCGAGAAGACACCCUGCGGGUCUUCCUGCAGCAGAUUGCAGCCGCCAUGCGCAUCCUGAACAGCAAGGGGAUCAUCCACCGCGACCUCAAGCCCCAGAACAUUCUGCUGUCCUACGUGGGCCGCAGGAAGUCCAGCAUCAGCGGCAUCCGCAUCAAAAUAGCUGACUUUGGCUUUGCACGAUACCUCCAGAGCAACAUGAUGGCUGCCACACUGUGUGGGUCCCCCAUGUACAUGGCCCCAGAGGUUAUCAUGUCCCAGAACUACGACGCCAAGGCAGACCUGUGGAGCAUCGGGACGGUCAUCUACCAGUGUCUUGUGGGGAAGCCCCCCUUCCAGGCCAACAGUCCCCAAGAUCUAAGGAUGUUUUAUGAGAAGAACAAGACUCUGCAGCCCAUCCUCCCAAGGGAGACAUCUCCUCCCCUUGGUGACCUGUUGCUAGGCCUGCUGCAGAGGAACCAGAAGGACCGGAUGGACUUUGACACGUUUUUCAGCCAUCCUUUCCUAGAUCCGUCAUCCACCAUAAAAAAAUCGUGUCCGGUUCCGGUCCCCAGCCACCCUGGUGCUGUGACGGUCCCCAGCCACCCUGGUGCUGUGACAGACAGCUCCUGUGGCAGCUCGCCUUCUGUCCGUUACAACUCUCCACCAUCUCUCCCAGACAUGCAGACGUUGCCUGAGGACGGCCUGUCGUCGCCCCCACUGGGCCCCCCCAGCUACCUGCAGCUGUCUAAGGAGUCUGGAGGCAGCACCAGCAGCAAGAACUCCUCCAGCGACACAGAUGACUUUGUCCUCGUACCACACCUCUCUACAGAGAACUACGACCAGCCAAUGGGAGCAGUGGGACGCCGGCCAUCCAGCGAGUUCCUUAUGUGUGGAGGGCAGCCGCAGCCACAGUCCGCCACUGGACAGACCCCCAUGGUGUCUCCGCGGGCUGAGACCACCCCCAUCCCCGUGCCCACCCAGGUGCGCAACUACCAGCGCAUCAAACAGAACCUCUCCAGCAGCCCUACCACCACACUCUACGGCUCCCCCAGGUCUGGCACAGUGAGACGGUCCAACACUAGCCCCAUGGGCUUCCCAAAGGUGGGCUCUGGGUCCCCCAGCUCGGCUGACAACGCCCAGACAGUGGGGCGACGUCUCUCCACAGGCAGCUCCCGCCCUUACUCACCCUCUCCUCUGGUGGGCACCAUCCCUGAACAGCUGGGCCACUGUUGCUGUGGACAUCCUCAGGGCCACGAGUCCCGCAGUCGCAGCUCCUCUGGAGGCUCCCCAGUGCCGUCCUCCCAGUUGCUGGGGGCUCGACUCCAGAGCUCCCCCACCCUAACGGACGUCUGCCCAAGCAGGCAGAAGCUCCACAAGCAGCUGUCAGACCCCAUCCAGCCCACCGCCUCCAAUUACCCACCCAGCCACUCGCCCCAGUUCGGACGUCCUGCAAACCUUGGCACCUCCCCCACCAAGCACCUGGGCUCCUCCCCGCGCUCCUCUGAUUGGCUGCAGAAGUCCCCACUGCCCACCAUCAUUGGUUCCCCCACCAAGACUAUCUCGGCUCCAUUCAAAAUCCCUAAAACCCAGGCGUCCUGUAAUCUAAUGGCCCUGGCAGACAGCCCCACGCCCACCAAGACCCUGGCAGACAGCCCCACGCCCACCAAGACCCUGGCAGACAGCCCCACGCCCACCAAGACCCUGGCAGACAGCCGGGACAUCUGUGCCCACCAUUGCACCCCCUACCCCAGUGGGCGCCAGUCUGCCCCCGAGGCCAGCAGAACCACCUUCGGAAGGUCUGUCAGCACUGGGCGGCUUUCUGAGCAGCCAGUUAGGAUCACGCUGGGCGGACAGGCAUAUCAGGGCAGCACAGACAGCCUCAACACAGAACGACCCAUGGAUACAGCCCCGGCAGGACCUUGUGGGCUGGCUCAGGGCGGGGCGGCGAGUCCCCGAACCGUCCUCUUCACUGUGGGCUCGCCCCCCAACAGCAGCACCCCCCCUACCUGCAGCCACCUGGGCACCCGGCCACGCACCACAUCAGUGGGCUCCAACAGCUCUGCAGGCUCCCUGUGUUCCACCAGUGGCCGUGUGUACGUGGGCUCUCCCCCCGGCAUGGCCAUCGGCACCUCCCCGCCAGGUGUGUCUGGGGGUUCGGGGGCCGAGGCCGGCCCCAGCAGUCUGCGCUACGUCCCCUACGGCACCUCCCCGCCCAGCCUGGAUGGCUUCAUCACCUUCGAGGCCCCGGAGCUCCCAGAGGAGACCCUCAUGGAGCGGGAACACACAGAUACCCUGAUGCACCUGCGGAUGAUGCUGUCCUUCACGGACUGUGUGCUGGAGAUUGCUGCUGUCCGAGCCGGCGGGGCCGACCUCGGGGUGUCUGCCGCCUCCCUCUACCCCCCUCAGGAGAGCGUGGUUGUGGACCAGAUCAGCCAGCUCAGCAAGGAGUGGGGGCAGGUGGAGCAGCUGGUUCUGUACAUGAAGGCUGCUCAGCUCCUGGCCUCCUCCCUCCACCUGGCCAAGGCUCAGAUCAAAUCUGCCAAGCUCAACCCCUCCACCGCUGUCAAGCAAGUGGUGAAAAGUCUGAAUGAGCGCUACAAGAGCUGCAUCUCUCUGUGUCGACGCCUCACCGACAAACUCAACCACUUCUUCUCCGACAAGCAGCGCUUUGUGGACGAGAUCAACAGCGUGACCGCGGAGAAGCUCAUCUACAACCAUGCCGUGGAGAUGGUGCAGUCUGCAGCGCUGGAUGAGAUGUUCCAGCAGACGGAGGACAUAGCCUACCGCUACAACAAAGCUGCCAUGUUGCUGGAGGGCCUGUCCAAGAUCCUCCAGGACCCAGCAGACAUCGAUAAUGUGGCCAAAUACAAGGCCAGUGUGGACCGACGGAUUUCAGCCCUCUGCUACUGCACCGUCACGCUGUAUGAAUAGCAGACCACACACACAGACACACCGAUGGGCACCUGUCACAAGCCCAGAGGGACCACUGUUUCCCCAGUUAUCCCCCCUCUCCACGCACACAGACAUAGACACACGCAUACAGUACACACCCACAUUAUCUUUCUUUGUAGCAGACCAAGCACUUUCUUUUUAUCCUGUUCGUUAUCAAGGAAACCCACUCAGCAUAUAGUAUUACUCCUGUGUUUGCAUCAUGGACUCAAAGCCAAGAGCGAGAAAGAUGCACAAAACUCAUUUACCAAAGAUGAAAACGGAUCCUGAAACUCAUUGAGGCUUAAUCCAGAUAUGGACAGGGUGUCAACGCAUGGAUCUUUAUGUUGCUUGACCUUAAACACGAUGUCUGUCAACGUCAACAUUCAGAGGAAAGACCACCAGAUCAAACACACGUGACAUUUGUCCUACUCUCUGGAUUUAGUUCCUUUUUUUGUUGUUUUGUUUUUUUACCAUAAAGAAAAAUCUGACUUUUUGUGGUCCUGGUGACUUAACCAGUCUAGGAAAUGGACCCUUUUAACACAAUUUGCUAUUCUUAUUAUAAGGAUUGUUUUUACUCUGGACCUUUCUUGUGAUUAUUUAUUGGUUCAAAUAGAACAAUGUUAUCCUGCCUAUUGGACAUCCUCAAGUAUAAAAGAGAAGAGAUUUGGAAAGCAAAAGACAUGCAAACUAUCAAACACUGUAUCAAAAAAAACACACUUGUAUGGACGAAAAGACGUACAGUUCUUACAGACAGACGUGAGCAUGGUAGAAGCCUGAAGAGCAAAGAAACCUGUAGAUUUGUAAUUAGACUUUUUAGUUGUUGUUGUUUUAGCUGAAGCACUUUAUCGUCAAAAGUGGGGGACACUUGUUCUGAAAUGAUUUCGGUGAGAUAAAUGUGAAGGCUGCGAGCUGUAGCUCAGGUGGGCUCCUUGAAAAAGGAUGGGGGAGAUGGUCUCCCUCCCUCUAUGCCUGCCUGCACAGAAUCAGCUCUCCCUCUCAUUGCUUGUUGUGGAAAAGGGUUGGUUAUCCUAAAGAAGAAACAUCCAUUCUGUACACAUCCACACAUUACUGGUGGCCUCUUGGAGAACUAUGCCAUGUCAAAACUGAGGCAUCUGAGGCAUCAGUGAAAAUGGCAUGACUUUCUUUCCUUCCCGGAAAACAUUUCAGGGGGAGACCAGCAUAAACCCUCUAUCUAAUAGACGGGGUCAUGAGCAGGUGGUUCAUAAAUGGGAUGGUCAAUUUACUUGAGUAGUUACCUUGAGUUUCAUUUUACUGAAUAAUACAGAAACAAACUUUUUUAUGUUCAUACAUUAAUAACUGUAGCUGAUUUUCAAGGAAAUUGAUGUUUCAGAACAUGUACAUAUUUGUAUGUUGUGCAUGUGAUUUUAUUUAGUUUUCUCAGAGUGAGUGAAUGCGUGUAUGAGCACAGUGAGAGAUUGGGGAGGGGGGGGGGAGUGAAGUGAGGAUGUAAUUGGAUGCCCUGCCUAUCAAUCAAAGAGCACAAUACUUUUUUGUACAUCAAAAAAUGUAAUACACAUUGCCCACUUCUGCCAAGGAGUUAAAGACCUAGAGUGCCAGUGACACUGGCAGCUCCUAAACUAUCCAUGGAACAUUAAAUAAGGACUGUUCAUUUAUUGUAUAUACUGGUAUUCUGCAUGGAGAUCAAAUCUGAUAUCUAUUUGAAGUCAAGAGGCACUGCCUAGCAUCCAUCCAUGUUUCCUCAGCGUCCUGUCCCUUCCACCCCCCCUCAGUCAUUCCACUGGGCUCGCAGCACUGUUUUGCUGUUUGUAUGCGUGUGCACAUUAGCUGUGCUUAAGGCCAGUGGUACACAUUCAAUAAUGGAAAAAGUCGCAUCAGAAGCCUGUUUUAAAGUAUGGUAUGAAGAGGGCAGCCUCUUUAGUUUUCUUAUGUACAAGUGUGAAUAAACUCUUGUGUGUAUAAAUGCAUAAACUGGCAAAACGUGGCCACUAGGCUUAUUUGAUUAUGUUCUUUUUUUAAAUAAGCAUAUCAGAGUGUCUGUGAUUGUUUUUGCAUUUAUUUUCCUGUACCCUUUUUCUCCUGCUAGUGAGCACUCCGCACCACACAAAGCCUUUACAAUACAAAGUGAAGACAGAACAAAAAAAAGAACAGUAAGUAAGCCCUGUCUGGAUCUUACCAAAUCCCGUGCAUCUAUAGCCAUGCAGUAGUUAGGAACACACUCCCUCAGUAUCAAUGGUAAAUGGAGAGUAGAGUACUUAAGAUGGACUGUUAAAGCAAAACAUUGGUACUAAGCACAUGUCAUACCUGUAGAGAUGUAGAAUGAAUGUAUGUACCCAGUUAUUUGCGACUCUCCAGCUCGAGCUACAUGUAUAUUAAUAUCAACCCCUUGUGAUGGUCAAGCCACCCCCUGAACCGACCAUGAAAAUGCAACUAAUUUCCAUGCUCCUAUUUUUUAAUGAGAAUUGUUGUUGUUUUACUUGAUAUUUGUGUUACACCAGGGGCAUUUCUCUUUGUUCUUUAUGGAACUCUACAAAUGCAGCCUUUGUUUAUUAAAAAGAACAUUUUAAAUUACAA